AUGAUUUCUAAUGUGUCGAAAAUAGUUCAUGAUAAAGUGUCAUAUAAUGGUCAAUACAAAGCAAUGAGUUUCAAUUGUGAAGGGGCUUUAAAUGCUCUUGCUGUCAAUAAAGAUUUCUCUCAAGUUGUUGUUGCAGGACGUUCAGUUUUUAAAAUUCUUCACAUUAAAGAUGAUUGUUUUGUGGAAAAUACAAACCUACGAGUUGGCAAACAUAGAAAUAUCAACUUGAGCUACUCUGCUGCAGAUGUUGCAUGGCAUCCUUCCGAUGAAAACAUGUUGGCAUCUGCUGCAACAAAUGGCUGUGUUGUCAUCUGGAACCUGAGUAAAAGUGCAAAAUCAAAACAAGUCACUGUUUACACAGAGCACAAACGAUCUGUAAACAGAGUUGCUUUUCAUGUUGCGGAACAUAAUCAGCUUCUCAGUGCAUCUCAAGACGGUGUAGUCAUGAUUCAUGAUGUCCGUAAACCUGAAGCGUGCACCAAAUUUGGAGCUUCUGGAACGGAUAGUGUGAGAGAUGCUCAGUUCUGUCCCCCAAAUAUGGGCUACUUCACAUUUGCUGCAGCAUACGAGAGCGGAGGAGUUCAGGUGUGGGACAUGCGUCGUCCUGACAGAUGUGAAAGACAGUUCAUGGCACAUAAUGGACCUGUUUUUUCUCUUGACUGGCAUCCAUUGGAUAGAACCUGGUGGUUGGCGACAGCAGGCAGGGACAAGAUGAUCAAGGUUUGGGAUAUGAUGCGUGGUAACGAUAGAGCAACUCUACCACCUUGUCUGUACAGCAUUACAAAUAUUGCACCAGUAGCUAGAGUAAAAUGGCGUCCUCAGCGCAAGCACCACCUCUCUAGCUGUUCGUUGAUGGUUGAUCAUUGUGUCAAUGUAUGGGAUGUCCAUCGUCCCUACAUACCUUUUGCAGUGUUUGAAGGCCACGUGGACGUUACUACAUGUAUCGAGUGGAGAGAUGACUGCCACGUUUUCUUGAGUUGUGGAAAAGAUGGCUAUUUAAUACAGCAUGUGUUUAGUGAUGCUAAACGUCCAGCAGACCAUGUGAACCCUGCAGGAGUGGAUCUCAGUGCUAUGGAAGACAUUGGUUUUGCGUACUUUGAUAAGAAAG